UCUAUAUUUUGUUCAAAGUCGACGUUGUAGAGCCUGUAUCUCUACUUCCUUUAAAAAAAGUUGUUUUCUUUAGUCGCUCUGGACAUAACUGGUUUAAAGAAGUCACUCAAUCAUGGCUUACUUGAGUUUAUAAAACUCGCUCGCAUCUUCUUGACAGCAAUACAGAUCUGAAAUACUGAAGCAGGUAGCAUAUAGAUUGCUUUCUUCCAUCUUGGAGAGGCUAAUUUCAUCAUGGGAGAAGCUCAAGAGGUGCAACUCCAUGUAAGAGAGGCAACAUCACCAAAGCCGGCAACUUCCAGUCAAGAACUGCCCUCCUCUUCAAACCUCAAAAGCUGGCGAUGGUGGCUUAUGAUCUCCCUCUUCACACUCUUCAUCCUCGCCGGCCAAGCAGCCGGAACCCUCCUAGGCCGUUUCUACUACAACAACGGCGGCAAAAGCAUUUGGAUGGCCACCAUCGUUCAAUCUGCUGGUGCUCCUCUCCUUUUCCCCUUUGUCCUCCUUUACCCUCUCGCCUCUUCCUCCUCCUCCUCACCGGCGACAGCAUCGGCUGUUAAGAUCGCCGCCGUAUACAUCGGCAUCGGCCUCCUUAUCGCCGGAGACAACCUCAUGUACUCCUACGGUCUCCUAUACCUCCCCGUAUCCACUUACUCCCUUGUCUGCGCCACACAACUCGCCUUCAACGCUCUCUUCGCCUACUUCCUCAACUCUCAAAAGUUCACUGCUUUCAUUUUCAACUCCAUCAUUCUCCUCACUCUGGCUGCCACUCUCCUCGGAGUGCGAUCCGAAGGCGGCGGCUCCGUUUCAAGUGACAAGUACCCGCUAGGGUUUACCCUAACCAUAGCCGCAUCAGCGACAUUCUCGCUUAUGAUGUCCCUAACGCAGCUUUCUUUCCAGAAGGUUUUGAAAUCUGAGACCUUUUUGGUUGUGAUUCAGAUGACUCUAUGGACUAAUUUUUUGGCUGCGGUGGCGUCCGUGGUGGGGCUUUUCGUCAGCGGAGAGUGGAGGGGAAUUCAUUUGGAGUUUGGGGAGUUUGAGAAGGGUAAGGUUUCCUAUGUUAUGACUUUGGUUUGGAUUGCAAUAAGCUGGCUCCUGUAUUCUGUGGGGGCAGUGGGAUUGAUCUUUGUUGUUUCUUCACUCUUCUCCAAUGUGAUUGCUACCUUGGCAUUGCCUGUGGUGCCUAUAUUUGCUGUGGUGUUCUUCCAUGAUAGCAUGGACGGGGUAAAAGUGAUAGCUUUGCUGAUUGCUACUUUGGGGUUUGCUAACUAUAUGUAUCAACAUUAUCUUGAUGAUUCAAAGCAGAAGAAGAGUAGGAGGAGGCGAGAUGAUCUGUAAACGUGGUAAUGGUUUACAAUUUGGGAGAUGAGUUCUAUUUGUUUAUUUUGCAUUUAUGUUCUCUGAUUUGGGAAUGUUUUAGUGUAUAUUGUUUCUCAUUGAGUACUGAAAGAAUGGAAGUUUAGGAUGCCCUUAUGUGGGCGAUCAUUGCCAAUUUGAAUUCUGGGUUUCUUCACUCUGUUUUCCUGAUAUAUGACCCUUCUUGCUGUGGUUGUGAUUUGUGUAUAUUGAACUAAAUGGAAGCAGCAGGUGCGGUUUAUGGCAUUCAUUUAUCCUGCAAUAAAAUCCUAUCCUAAUUUGCAGAAA